GGGGAUCCCACACCCCCCCAGCAGCUCGGCAUGAGCCCGGCGAUACGGAAGGUGAAAGCUCUGGGCCAUUUCGUCCUUGUGGAAUGGGAGGAUGGAAGGGAGAGCCGCUACCCCUGCGUGUGGCUGAGGGACAAUUGCCGGUGUCCCCUGUGCUUCCUGAGCUCCGCCGGGGCGCGCAGGAUGCCCCUGGAGGAGCUGGAUGUCAGCAUCGCCGCCAAGGAGGUUGCCCUGGCUGAUGGAAAAAAGAUCUCCAUCACGUGGCCCGAUGAACACGCGAGCGAAUACGAAGCCGAGUGGCUGAAGAAACGAUGCUUCUCUGAAGAGGCCAGAGCAGAAAUGCAAGCAGAUUUAUUUUUACCAGAACGCCAAUACUGGGGCUCAGACCUUCAGCUUCCCAAAAUGCCUUUUGAAGAAAUCAUGCACAGUGAUGAAAGUGCCUACAAGUGGCUGUGCACCCUAAAGAAAGUCGGAAUCGUUCUGCUGACAGGAGCUGCCACAAGGCAGGGAGAGCUGAUUAAACUUGGCCACAGGAUUGGGUUCCUGCGCCUCACUUUUUAUGGACCAACGUGGCAAGUGCAAGACAAAGCAGAUGCCAACAACGUGGCUUAUACAACUGGGAAACUGAGUUUCCACACCGAUUACCCAGUCCUGCAUCAUCCACCUGGGGUUCAGUUUCUCCACUGUAUAAAGCAAACGGCUGCAGGAGGUGAAAGUGAAGUGGUAGAUGGAUUCCAUGUAUGCAACAAGAUGAAGAAACAAAAUCCUGAGGCGUAUCAGAUCCUGUCCUCUACUGCUGUAGACUAUACUGACGUUGGGGUGGACUACUGUGAUUUUGCUGUGCACGGUAAACAAAGGAUUAUAGACAUAGAUUCCAGAGGCCAAGCAGUUCGCAUCAAUUAUAACAAUGCAACAAGAGACUCCGUGUUUGACAUCCCAGCUGAAAAAGUGAGGCCAUUCUAUGCAGCUCUAAAGGAAUUUAAUGAUUUAUUAAACAGUGCAGAACACAAGUUUACUUACAAGCUGGAACCAGGUGACAUCGUGACAUUUGAUAACUGGCGCGUGCUCCACGGGCGCCGGAGCUACCCCUCGGGCUCGGAGGUGACACGUCACCUGGAAGGGGCCUAUGCAGACUGGGAUGUGGUCCUGUCCAGGCUCAGGCUCCUCAGGAAGGGGGUCCUGAAGAGGGACUAGAAGCAACAAAAU